AUGUACACAAAAAUCGGUUUCGUAUUCACAUUGUGCUUAAUUGCCAGUGUUAAAGCUUCAUCAAAGGAUAUUGAUAUAGAAAAGGAUAUCACAAAUUUCAUUAAUGAAAUUGAUAAUGAAAAAUCAUUACCAUUAUUUGGUGGAUUAACUGUUGAUCGUAUUGAAAAUGGUCGUUCAUUUGGUUCAGUUCAUAAUCAUCAAACAAAAUCUGAAUCAUUAUUUGAUCGUACUGAACGUUAUCUACAAACACAUGAAUUAAAUUUCUCAUUUGAUGCUGCCGAUGAAAAUUCUGUUGAUAGUUCAUCAACUGGACGUUCAAUUCAAGAUUCACGCUCAAAAAAAGUUAAGAAAAUGUUGGUUCCUUUAUUAUUGGCAUUAAAAUUGAAAAUGGCACUUGUUAUGAAAGUAAUGUUAUUACUUGUUAAAUUCAUAUCACUUAAAGCCUUAGCUAUCGGUUUCUUAGCGUUGAUUAUAUCAGGUUCACAACUUUUCAAAGACCUUUUAGCUAAAAAACAAGAUCAUGUAACAACAGCUUAUAUUGCUGGUGCACCAGCUGCUGAAAUUGUACACUCAGAUUGGCAUAGAAGUGGUCAAGCAGCAGCACAAGAUUUAGCUUACAAUCAUUAUGCUGGAGCUCAACCAGUUUAUUAG